UAAAACACAGCCAUUAAGAGUGUGCUUCGGUCUCAUUAUCAGUGCCGUGCAAUGGAAGGCAUUCUCGUGUUUGACCAAACAAACGAUCUCAUUUACCACGACUUCAAUGAAUCGAUGCGAGAGAAAAUGUACAAGCAGGCGCUGGAUUUGGGUCUGCUGGAGGAAGAAACAGUGUGCCCCACCCAGGAGCUGAACUCGAACGUCCUGAUACAGAUUUUCAGCCCACUUUUGGCCUCGCAGCGGAUCAUGAUGUGCCAGUUCGAUAAUGCGUACACAUCCAUUCAGAUGGAAAACAAUUUGAACGUAGUAUUCGAAGAGUUCUUAGGGUACGUUUUCCUCGAAAUCAGUACAAAGGAAGUAGAUCUGAUCAAGCGCGAGCUAGGCGCGUUCAUCUCCUUCAUAAAGUACAUUUGCGGACCAAACAUUUACGUCAUAAAAAAUGAUACGCCUAAAAGCACGAGUUUGACCGAGUUGAUCGACACAUACCGACGGUUGUACGUCACGAACCAAGGAAUCCUGAUGGAAGCGAUCGAGCAGCUGCUCGUGAACGUGGACGUGAAAAACACCGUGGUGGCAGCUCUUCACGCGGCCACCGAUCGGCUCAAGCAAGAUCCACACUCCCAGCGCAGCCACUCGCUCCUGUUCGUCGGUAGCAAGUUUCUGGCCCUUUACAGCAGCAAGCAAGCCCAGGACUUGGCUGCCGUUGAUAUGCUGUUCCUGAACCUGCUCGUCCAAUCGUUGAACCAGCGUCCUCAGCGUCGUCGCAUCGAAUCGCAGAUCGUGUUCCUCCAGGGACACAUCCAUCAGUCGCACGCCGGCUGCGUGCCUCACAUCGCGCAUGUAGUGCAGCUGUUUGAGGACGUUUCGCUUGUACUGCUCAUCGAACACGCCCAUACGGCGUUAGCCAGCCACCUGUACGAUGUGUAUUUUGCACUGCACAAGUUGCAAAACUUGCAGCUGCAGUUCGAUUUGGACAAUCUGCGUGGAGGCUUCGAUGCACUCGAGACUUACGUAAAGCACACCGGGGACGCCUUGCGGAAGGUGAAAUCGAACAACCUGGAGGCAGAGGAAGCGAUUCGCGGCUUCACGGUGAAGUGGGAAACGUUGCGCAAGAAGUACACCGACUACUUCAAGACUUCCGACAACGGGCUGAUCGUGAAGAUCGACUCCAAUAUGCCGCUGUUUGUGGAGUCGGUCAAGGAGCUGUUCCGGCUUGUGUGUGCCGCGUGUCCCACGCUCGAGCAUGGGCUGCAGCGCGUAACCGAUAUUGCUGACAUGGCGGAGGACAGUCUGGGCGAUGUGUUUCACUUUCUGCAGGCCAAAACACACAAAAACUUCACCAUGGGAUCGUAUAUGGAAGAGUUUCCCGGUAUGGUACAUUUCAUGCAUAUCGACAGGUACAACGGAAGGAUUGUGUCUCCAUCGUUGGACGUACAGGAUCCAACGGACAUAUUGAAACAGAGGGUUUGGUCCAUGGUCGACUUCUCACGCAACUAUCUGGACAAAGGUUACAUGUCGAUGAUCUGGAAAGACGUCACGUUUAGCUACGCAUACUUUCUGUGGUUCGAGGACGAACACGGUACAGCGCUGAAGCCGAACGAGCCACCGAAUCACGGGACCACCGGAUUACCGGCCACAAAACCGUCGCUGAUAGCGGGAAUUUUGGCCGGUGAUUAUUACCAACGCUUGAUAGAGGUAUGUUUCCCGCGGAGCUCGUCGGGUAAGAUACGCUGCUACGAACUGUUUCUCGUGCACCUGGGGCUGGUAACGUCUACGAUCGUGCUGGAGCACUGCCGUCGUUUGGCCGUCACGAUUAACGAUCUGACCGGAUGUAUCGGCAAUCCGAUUGAUCUGCUCUAGAGAGCCCGAUUCAACUUACCGGAGGCGAACGACACGAGCAGGGAUCACCAUUGCCAAAGGGGGAGUGCCAUACCGCUGCACGUAUUAGCAUUUUAACAGAAAAGUGUGUGACACCCAGUGGUAACACUUUGAAAAUCUGUGCCAAAGUACAGUCACCGAUCGUGUUCUGAAUCUACUUAGCCCCGCUAGUCCUUCUCAUCUGUAGUUGUUGUGAUAUCAUUUAAUUAGCAGUUUAGUUUGCGGAAGGCCACCGAGCUGAUCGCAAUGACGUUCCUUAACCUCCACCGAAUCCCACAAGGGUGAGCCAUCAUUCCACUGGUCCUUUCGCUGAUUGAAAAAUAAAGAUU